GAGCUGCGUAAAAGCACUGAUGUAAAAGAUUCAUUUCAGUGUCUUAAAGUGGUGCAAUACUAAACUUAAUUUAAUUGUUCUUACGUUUAUUUGGGCAAAAUGUACUUAAAACAAGUAUUAGUUUGUGUCUACGUGAUAUUUUUUUGUGUUGUUGGUGGUGAAAAAGAUGUAACAAAUGUUAAUUUUGAUUUAGAAAAAAAUGAAAACACAAGUUUAACAUUGCCCGAUUCACUUUUAAAAAUCCAACAAAGCAAGGGAAAUAAUUUGAUUAUCAAUAAUACGAAAAAAAUUGAUCGAAAAGAGAAGAAGAAGAAAAAAAAGGAACAAAACAAAGUAAAAAAUAUUUCGGAACAAAUUGAAAUCACACAAUUAAUAUCAGGAAACAAAACAUCUCUUCGCAAUGACUUGAAGAAACAACGAAAAAAGAAGAAACGAAAGAAGAACCAAAGUAAUAUUCUUGAAAUCACAACAGCUAGGAUUAUCGAAACAAACCAUUCUUCAAUAAUUGCUAACAUCAGCAAAAAUCCCGAGCGAUUUUUAAAUGAAAUCUUAAAACUUCGAAAGAUUUCGUCAAAAAAACGUAACAGAUGUACCAAAAACAAAGGCGGUUGCUCGCAAAUAUGCAGACCUCGAGGCAAAUUAAAAUGUGCGUGUUUAAGGGGCUACACUUUAGCCAAAAAUCGCAAAAAAUGUGUCGAUAUCAACGAAUGCAAAGUGAGAAACGGAGGUUGUGCCAAAAUCUGCAAAAACACUCUAGGGGCGUUUUAUUGUGAUUGUCCUUCAGGAUUACGCAUAGCAGAAAAUUCGAAAUCCUGCGAGGACAUCAACGAGUGCCAUCUGCGGAAUGGACAUGGACCGUGUCAAGGAUUCUGCAGGAAUUUUUAUGGGUCGUAUUCGUGUGUUUGUCCUAAUGGAACACGUUUAGGUCCCGAUAAGCAUUCUUGCGAGGAUAUAAACGAGUGUGAAGUGUCAAAUUCCGGAUGUUCCCAUUUUUGUAUAAAUACAAGAGUUGGGGCGUUCUGUAGCUGUCCUAGGGGGUUGGAACUCAUGUCAGACUACAAGACUUGUCAAGAUAUUGAUGAAUGUGAAGAUCAUUUAAAGACAAAAUGCAAAGAAGGGUGUGUUAACACAAUUGGCUCGUAUUAUUGUGAAGAAAAUUUACAAAAUGAUUAUUUGGGAAACAAAAAUAAAAUUACGAGUUGUCCACCUCUAGAACCACCAAAAUUUGGGUUUAUCACAUGUUUGCGAAACAACUCGAUGGAGAAUUUCGGUAAAAGUGGACGCAAAAUCGUUGCGAAUUAUCCAGGCACUCGGUGCAAACUCCAAUGUCCUCAAGGAUUUAAACUUAUUGGAAAUGGGCGAUUCCUGUGUUCAAUUUCCGGGAAAUGGCUUAUAAAGAGAGGAUUUUGCACAAAGGCACCUUAUCCAAAACUCGUUUGCCCUCCUGGACAAUUUUUCAGUUUGGGCAAAAAUCAAAAAACAGCUCUGGUACAUUUUCCCUCUCCUCAAACCAACAUCAGGUGGAAAAUCGUCAAAUCCUACCCCGAGUGGGCAAAAACCCUCAAAGGCGAAUUGCCCGAAGGCCGACACAGUAUUCAAUUCUCCAUAACCGACCCUGAGUCAAAACUAACCUCAACUUGUUCAUUUCUUAUCACAAUAAAAACACAAUGAUUUUGGUAA